GCUGUCCCUAUUUUGCUAAGUUUUAGCUACAGCAGCUACAUUGUUCUUUCCGUGAUUCAGAACGCUGAACGUAGUAAUUUAAUAGCAAAAAAUUAAGUUGCCAGACUAAAUUAUUUUCGAAAACUGGGGACGCAGUGUCGAAACCCAUCGACGCCGACGUUGAUUCGACGUUAAUGUUCUCGCUGGGGUAACGUUCGCGCUAACGCUAUUCGUAGAUCACUGCAGAGCUUGGCGUUAACCGGAAACAAGAUACACGAUGGCGGCGCUUCGUUGAUACUCCAGGAGCUCUCUAUGUAACGUUGACAGUAGUAGCGAUUAAAUUAAGCACAUUUCUCAAUUUAGGCCGCUAUCUUUAAUAACACGACGCGAUUAGGUCCACUCUGACACACGAGGAAAUCGUCGGACUUCGACGUCGCAGACUUAUCGAGCUGGAGAGCAAGGUUGAUAGAUUAUCUCGACGUGAUGUUACUUUGUCCAUUAAUAAACAAACGAUCGUCAUUAUAGCUGGAUAGCCGAGAUACCCGAGAAACUCCGGAGCAAUCGAGGAAAAGUGAGACGUGGCAGCGACCAAAUUUACUUCGAAAUUCUAAACGAAGUACGUUUAGCGCUUUCCGAAUUGUUGUAAAAUUUAUGUCACGGCAAUUCUCAAAAUGUAGCGAGCCGAGACAGUUUGUCAAAGAUGAGAAUUCAAUCCAACUCUCCGGCGACGUCGGACAAUUCCAACCAGACCUUGAAAGAGCUCUCGAACAGUGGCAUCGCUCAUCCAUUUACUAAAGAAACUGUAGCGGUAAACGGCUCCGUGGUGACUAGUGGAAAUUUGAAUUUGCAACAUUUGAGUUUAAGUUGUAAGUUUUCAUUACGUCGCGUAUUAUGCGAAUCGAUUUCCGUUGAAUCGUUGCCGCAAAUUACGUGUUUGCAUCUAGUCAAUCGCCUGACGAAUAAGACAUUGAAGAAAUUGGUGUCGUGUCUGCGCUAUCAAAAUUACAUGCUGUUAGGCGACUGCAGCCGAGGAUUGCUGCAUGUAUUUUUGGAGGGUAACGAUAUCGAAAGGGACGAAGAUUGGACGGCGUUUCAAGAACUUUUGCGUCGUAGACGGCAGAACGGUCAAGCGACACGGGACGGGGUGUUUAAGGACUUUGAGGAUUCCGCGAUGUCGGUGGAAAGCGAAAUCUUGCGGAGCAAAGUCGGCGUACGGUUACAUUUACUCAGUUGAUUGUUCUCACGGGUCUCCUGCGUUUUCGACAUUUUAUUUUAAAGAUUCUUCUUUCUUUAACACUUCCAGAAAACUUAAAAAAUCGUCGCCUUCCCCUCUUAUUUAAGUGGCUAUUUAAAAUUUUACACGGAGACAUCUAUUUCUAUAUCAAUUCUCAUAAGCGAGGGUAUAUGUGGGUCAGUACAAGUCGAUUAUCUCAUAGUCAUAUUGGCGAAACGUCAACAUCGUUAAUUUUUUGUAGUCUAUUCGUCAGGGGCUAGUGUACUCGUAAAAGCCUCUGUUCACGAUGCUAGAACUUGGUCCAAGUUUCAGUUUUGAAAAGUGUGUAG